AUGGCAGUAUACUCAUGUGAUCAUCAAGCUAAGGGACCUUCAUCUUCUCGUCGUCCGUUGGGAUAUCGAUUUCACCCUACGAACAAGGAACUGAUGAAGUAUCUAUUAGGGUUUGUACGAAACGAGCCACUUCCAGAGCAGUAUCAGUUCAUGCAGCAGGUUGAUCUUUACGCGGACAAGGAGCCAUGGCAGAUUUUCGAAGCUUCUGAGGGCACCAACAACACUCGUUACUUCAUUACGCCGCAGAAGAAAGAGAAGCCUGAUUGGAAAAGAUUUGCCCGAAGAGUGGGGAACGGAACAUGGAAGACACAAAGCAAAGGGAAAGAGGUGUUUGACGAUAAAGGGAGACUGAUUGGGUACGUCAAAAGCUUGAAGUACAUCCCGGUUAAAAAAUCGUCGAACAAUGCUAAUGGCGAGUGGUUGAUGACUGAGUACUCUCUGUAUGGUGGAUAUUUGGAUGCUAAGGAAAGGAAGAACAAGGGUUACGUAAUUUGUAAGAUCAAGAAGAAGGAAAAACCCGGUGAUAAGAAAAAAGGAAACAAUAGUAAGGUAGUUAAAGAUGAGGAUAUGAAAGACGCUGAAGAAUUCAUUGAUUCUGUUAUGCAAGAAGAAUGAAGAAGGCAUUAAUGGAAGAAUAUCAGUGAUGAUAUACGACUCGUCGCGGAAGAUGAUUAUCAGGAGAACAAUAUCGAAUACCUAGAGGGAGACCAAGUUGAAGACCAUAUACUUGCUAUUUUAGAUGAUAUUGAUCUGUGGGGCUUAGACUUUGUACUGUAG